UAAUCUCUCUGCUCCACUUCACUGCAGCCUGUCUGCUUUGAAUCGCUCUUCUCUAAACUACCACAGUCAGGUGUGACCCGCGGAGCCGCCAUGACCUCCAAGGACAACUCCAAAUGUCCAGCGGUGCUAGAAGAGCGGAGGCACAGUCCGCUGGAUCAGCUCCCGCCGCCGGCAAACUCCAACAAGCCGCUGACGCCAUUCAGCAUCGAGGACAUCCUCAACAAGCCGUCUGUGAGAAGAAGCUACCCAGUGAGCGGAGGGCUGCAGCACAUCUCUCCCGGAGAGAAGUUGCCCUCGGCGGGUCACAACCUGUCCAGCCUGCCGCUGCUGUGUCAGACUUCCCCGCUGUGCGCACUGGAGGAGCUGGCCAGCAAAACCUUUAAGGGCCUGGAGGUCAGCGUCCUGCAGGCUGCCGAGGGUCGAGACGGUCUGACGCUCUUUGGCCAGAAGAACACCCCGAAGAAGCGGCGGAAAUCUCGCACGGCGUUCACCAACCACCAGAUCUACGAGCUGGAGAAGCGCUUCCUGUACCAGAAGUACCUGAGCCCGGCGGACAGGGACCAGAUCGCCCAACAGCUCGGUCUGACCAACGCGCAGGUCAUCACCUGGUUUCAGAACCGGCGGGCCAAGCUCAAGCGGGACAUAGAGGAGAUGAAAGCAGACGUUGAGUCGGUCAAUGUCGCGGGCGCUGUAGCUCUCGAGAAGCUCUCCAAGCUGGCCGAGCUGGAGAAGUGCGCGGCCGGCGGUAUGGGCGAGGGGACUGCAUCCAGGCCUGAGCCGGUCUCCUCCCGGCCCCGCCACGACACCACCGAGAGCUUGGACUCCAGCAGAGCAAAUGCGUCGCCUCCCUCGCCGUCAUCGUCGUGGUACACAGACCGGCUGAGUGUCAAGUGUUGCUCAGAGGACGAGAAUGAGGAGAUUGACGUGGAUGACUAGAGGCGCUAUGUCAGUGGUCAUCUGUGAAGGGCCAAAUAGCGCGAUGUUUACAGACAGAACUCUGGCUUCACGAGGAUUUCUUCGUUUUUGGUUGGAGAGCCACAGGACAGCUGCGGGACACCGUAAUAGAGAGAUUAUGAGAAGGAAAAAGACAACAAACAUGCAGGUGCUUAUUCUGGCUAAUCAGUGAACUAUAUCACAGCAUGUAUAGGCUAUGUUUAGAUUUUCAAACAAUACAAAUCAUUUUAUAAGCUCGAGCCAACUGUUUUCACCUUUUUGAUAUAUUCUUGAUUAAUUCUAAAAUGGGAAUUGCACACAGAAAAUGUGAAGCUUAUAUCUUGUAAUAAAUCAAGAUUUUAAUAUAUUUAUAGCUAAUGCUUUGUACAGACAUAAAGUGCCUUCAGAAUGCAUAAAACUGUACAUAUUUUUGGCCAAUUGUAAAUUUUA